GCUCUAACGAAAGCUCUGCAAUCUUCGAAAUCUUCGGCGGGGAAAACUUCAAAAUCGUAUAGAGAAAAUGUCGGGUCGUGGAAAGGGUGGGAAGGGUCUGGGAAAGGGAGGAGCCAAGAGGCACAGGAAGGUCCUAAGAGAUAACAUUCAAGGUAUAACUAAGCCUGCAAUUCGUCGUUUGGCCCGUAGAGGUGGUGUGAAGAGGAUUAGUGGCUUGAUUUAUGAGGAAACUCGUGGAGUCCUCAAGAUCUUCUUGGAGAACGUGAUUCGUGAUGCUGUUACUUACACUGAGCACGCUAGGAGAAAGACUGUUACUGCCAUGGAUGUGGUGUAUGCCCUCAAGAGGCAGGGAAGGACUCUGUAUGGUUUUGGGGGUUAGGUUUAAUUUGUUUAUUUUGUGUUGCAGGUCGUAGGAUGUUAGUGUAUGGGAUUGUAGAUCUUUUCUCUAGAUCUUUGCUCUAGAUCUCUCUCUCUUUUUUUUUUCCUUGAUUUGGUUUUGAUAUUACUGUAAUUGGCAUCCUUUUCAGAAGUAAUAGAAUUUCAUCUUCUGGGAGAAUUUUUACUUUCUAUGUUCUCUUAUUUUCUUCAUUUUGCCGUUUGGGUUCACGGAAACUGCCGAGGAAAGGCACUAGAAAAUGUAUUUGAUUACAGGUUCGACGGUCGUAUUAGAACAAUUUAAAUUU